AUGGAUAAGUUUCGUAUGAUGUUCCAGUUCCUCCAAGCCAACCAGGAAUCCUUUAUGAAUGGGAUCUGCGGUAUCAUGGCACUUGCCAGUGCCCAGAUGUACUCGGUCUUCGAGUUCAGCUGCCCCUGUAUGCCAGAAUACAACUACACCUAUGGGAUCGGACUGCUCAUCAUCCCACCCAUAUGGUUCUUUCUUCUAGGGUUUGUGUUGAACAAUAAUGUGUCAGUGCUCGCGGAGGAAUGGAAAAGACCAAUAGGGAAACGGCACAAGGAUCCAACGAUCCUUCGCUAUAUGUUUUCCUCAAUCGCACAGAGAUCCUUGAUAGCACCUGCAGUGUGGGUCUCCGUCAGCCUCAUGGAUGGGAAAAGCUUCCUCUGUGCUUUCAGCAUCAACUUGGACAUUGAAAAGUUUGGGAAUUACAGUGUCAUGAACGGGUUGACAGAAACAGAUAAACUCAAACUCCUGGCCAGGAUUCCAUGCGAAAAGUUAUUUGAGCACCAUGAAAUACGAGAGGCAGCCUCGCGAUACAUCAAGUGUAUAUCACAGGCAUGUGGAUGGAUGUUUCUGCUAAUGAUUACCUUAACGGCCUUCCUGAUCCGAGCUAUUCGUCCAUGCUUUUCUCAAGCUGCCUUCCUCAAGACCAAGUACUGGUCCCAUUACAUCGACGUUGAGCGCAAGAUGUUUGACGAGGCUUGCAAGGACCACGCCAAGAGUUUCGCCAAGGUUUGCAUUCACCAGUACUUUGAGAACAUCAGCGGGGAGAUUCAAACCCUCCACCACCAUCGCACCACCGGCAAGGACGACAGCGACGACGGAGAGGAGGAUAAGAGGAGUGACGAAGAAAAACUUAUGGGUAUCAGAGCGCAGGAUGACAUGAAUAAGGUUUUAUGGAACUGGCACACCUGUAAGCCAGCUCUGGCUCUGAGAAAGGAACAAAUGGAGGGUGAAAACAAUGGCAAACUGAAUGGGAACGCCAAGGGAGCUGCCAAUGGAUUAGUAAAUGGACACACCCAUGAAGUGGCGAAAAAGGAAUGGGCGGUUUAUUACAGUAAGGUCUGA